AUGGUCGAACCAGCAUUCCGAUUCCGGAAUGUUCUCUGUGAAUACAGCAUGUCUCCGCCAUCUGCGAUUGAUCGUCUCCUAUACCCAAAUCUGAUGCUACAAAUUCCUACCUUCCAUAUUUUCGGAGUGACUCCAGAAGGUAAGAAGAUAUGUGUUCACAUCCAUGGUGUGCUACCAUACCUUCUUCUGCGUGUCGGCGCCGAUUUCACUCCUGCAUUAGGCAUGCUUAUGCAGGAGAAAAUCAACCGUCUUGUUCAACGUGAGAUGGCGUUGAAAGAGGAGCAGCCAGACAGAAAGAAGAACUUCAGCAACUUUGUGUACAAGAUCGAAUCAGUUAUGAGA